AUGGCAACCGAAAAUUUUUUCAUCACUCUCAAACCUUUUCUUGAUGGCUCAAAUUACAAAGUUUGGAAAUAUGUGAUGGAAAAUUAUCUUGAUAUGCAAGGGGUUGAUCUAUGGAGUGUAUUUCUAAGGGGAUGGACACCUCCAUGUGACAAAAAUGGAGCUCUUUUGAAGAGACAAGAUUGGUCUAUAGAGCAAGUCAAGGAGAAUAGCAUGAAUAGAAAAGCCAUUACUACUCUCUUCUCCUCAAUCUCUAGAGAAGAACAAGGUAGAAUUCAACACUUGAAUUGUGCCAAGCAAAUGUGGGAGACUCUUGAGAGCUACUAUGAAGGUACACAACAAGUCAAGGGUAAGAAGCUUGAGUUGCUUCUUGGUGAGUAUGAAGGCUUCAAGGGCUUGCCAAAUGAAGAUGUGGGGAUGAUGACAUCAAGACUUCUUAAGAUUGUUCAUAGUCUUGAGCAACUUGGGAAAUUCUUCAAGCUAAAUGAAAUCAAUGGUAAAAUCCUAAGAUCCCUUCCUAUUCUUCUAUGGCAACCUAAGACUACCGCCAUCAUUAAAACUCAUGAUUUAUCCACCUUGAGGACGGAUGAGUUGAUUGGAAAGCUUCUUCUCCAUGAGAUGUCUUACAUCAAGAUUAUUCAAGAAGAAAUGGCAAGGGAGAAGAACAUGGCUUUCAAGGCAUCAACAAGUACUCUUUUAGAAGAGAACAAGAAGGAAAGCAAUGAGGAAGAACUCUUGAGGCUCACAAAGAGAGUGAAUGAGCUCAAGAUGAAGGGAAAUGGAAAUCAUGGUAGAUCCUCCUCUUCAAGGAAGAGUUCAAAGGGGGGUUCCAAGACUUUUUGGGAUGGUGAUUCUCAAUCGGAUGGUGAUAGCCACCAUGAUGCCAACUUGUGCCUCAUGUCUUUUGAGGAGGAACCAACACUAGAGGUAAACCCCCAAUCUUUUCUAUCUUGGGAUGGUAUUGGUGUUGAAUCACAUGAUGCAUGCUUAAAUGUUAAAAAUGAUACUGUUGAUGAUGUUAUUGAUGAUAUUGUUGUUGAUGAUGCUCAUGAUGAUGAUGAUGAUAUGUAUAGCAUGCUUGAUGAACUAGUAAUUAAAUGUGGUGAUUAUAAAGCCAAGAUGCUAUUUUUCAAAAAUGAGGCUUCUAAAGCCAAAGAUGAAAUGAUUGUUUUAACAAAAGAAUUUCAUGAGCUUAAAUUGUCAAAUGAAGCUCUCAAGUCAUCUUUAGAAUCUAUCCCUAAGCAAGAUUCACUUUCAAGAUUUCAAAAAGGGAAGGCAACUUUGGAUUCAAUUCUUGUAUCUCAAAGAUGCCCAACCAUAAAAUAUGGACUUGGCUAUAAUCAAAAUGCCUCUAGUUCCAAUGGGACUAAAGUUGUGAAGUCCAUUUUGCCUCAAACUUCUUCUAUAGAAGUUCCUCCUAAAUUGGUCAAACCAAUUGAGGCAAAGAAGGUGCAUGCUCAAGCUCCUAGGCCUAAGCCAUUCUUGGCUCAAAAGGCUAAGAGCAACAAGGGUACAAGACCCUUGAGACAUGGCUAUGCUUCUCAAUAUAGUCAAAAAUGGAACAAGAAGACUAGAAAGAACUCACAUGUUCAUGCAUCUUCAAAUGUCAAUUCUUGUGUACAUGCUUGUGCUUGUUCUUAUGAGACCAUUAGAACCAAGUCACCUCAAAAGCAAUCAAAUGUGAACCAUAGAACUCAAUGUUUUUAUUGCAUGCAAUAUGGUCACAUUAAUGUUCAUUGCUAUGUACAAUUGAUGUCCACUAAACCAAUCUCAAAUCAUAAGGUGGAUGAUCAAUGGAAGCUUUUGGAAAAUGGCAACAUAGAGCGAGGUGCUCUUCUUGUUGCUUAA